AUGCCCUGGGCGGCGGCGGCGCUGCUGGCGGGCGGCGGGGUGGCGCUGGUGGUCUCGGCCUUGGUGGCGCUCCUCUACAUCGCCUCGCUGGUCACCAGCCCCAAGCCCCUCGCCCUGCCCGGCGCCCACGUCGUGGUAACUGGCGGCUCUAGCGGCAUUGGAAAAAGCAUUGCUGUGGAAUGCUUUAAGCAAGGAGCUUUUAUAACACUACUUGCAAGAAAUGAGAGUCGGCUGUUGGAGGCAAAGAAAGAAAUUGAAAAAUACGCAGUUAAUGAUAAGCAGGUCGUGCACUGCAUCUCUGUAGAUGUUUCCAAAGACUGUGCAAAUGUGGAGCGGGUCCUAAAACAAGCUCAAGAGAAGUUGGGACCAGUUGACAUGCUUGUAAAUUGUGCUGGCACAUCGGUUACUGGAAAAUUUGAAGAUCUUGCUACUAAUAAUUUUGAGGAAUUGAUGUCUGUCAACUACCUGGGUAGUGUUUACCCAGCUCGUGCAGUAAUUACCACCAUGAAGGAACGAAGAAUGGGAAGGAUUGUGUUUGUGUCAUCCCAGGCUGGGCAAGUUGGACUGUUUGGUUUCACAGCUUAUUCUGCAACAAAGUUUGCUCUUCGAGGAUUAGCUGAAGCUUUGCAAAUGGAGGUAAAGCCCUAUAACGUCUAUAUAACAGUUGCCUAUCCUCCAGAUACAGACACACCUGGCUUCGCAGAAGAAAAUAAGACAAAGCUUUUAGAGACCAGACUUAUUUCAGAAGCAUCACCUAUUUGCAAGCCUGAUUAUGUUGCUAAAAUCAUCAUUAAAGAUGCCAUCCAAGGAAAGUUCAGCAGUUCCGUCGGCACUGAUGGCCACAUGUUGAAUGUCUUAACGAGUGGAAUGUCGCCAAUGAGCUCUCUUGGUGAAGCCCUAGAGACGGUCAUUUGUAUGGGCUUUUUUCGCCUCCUUGGCCAGUACUAUAUAGCAAGCUUUGACAGCAUAGUUCGCCGCUGCAUGAUACAAAAGGAGAAAUCUGAAAAAACAGACUGAAUGUGAGCAUUACUUAAAAAGUUAAUUUGCUGCUAAAUGGGACUCCCUCUCUGGCCUCUAUAAGCCUCCUAUGAAUAGACGGUGUACAUGA